AUGCCCGGUUAUAAAACGGGAUCCGCUGCCGAACAACGCGCGGUGGGUAAUCGUUACUCCACAAUGUGGUUUGUGUUCUUUCUCCUACUGUCGAGUUUCGCGCUCGACCAGAUAGCCAAAAUCUACGCCGUGGUCAACGGCGCAAAGUUGUAUCUCGAGGUCUCGCUGUUGGGGCUGGCGGCAACGCUUAUCGACGAUGACGGGAGCUGGGCGUUGGAAUUCAAGCUCGACGCGCAGUUCAAUUUGGUUGUCGACGGCGCCGAAACCGCCAUGGUCGCGCACACGGAGGACUCGUUUCAGUUGCUCAUGCUUGAUAUGGCAGAUGGCCUAGCAGCGGCGGACCAUCACUGGUCGCUCGCGUGGGGGCCCUCGGGCGAGAGCGAGCUCCACUACACAGACCAGCUCUUUGCCUGCGGCGCGAGCGACCCUUACGAAAUAUUCAGCCACGCCGAGGACACGCCGGGGUGUGUCCCGAUCCAGUUGAUCCGGGAUAACAUAUUCAGAAGCGAGGAGGAGGAGGAGGAGGAGCCAGUGGAGGAGGAGCCAGAGGCGGAGGAGGAGUAUGAGGAGUACACUAUGGAGCCAGCAAGCGCAGGGUCAGAGACUCAGGGUCUGACCAGCGUUGAAGACACAGUGGUUCCAACAGAGACUCUGGCUCUGCCUAUACAAUCAACCACCGUUGAGGAUACAGUGGUACCAACGCUGGACCCGGGGCUGUCAGAAAGCCCAGAGGGAACUGCUCUGGCUCUGCCUCAAUCGACCAGCGUUGAAGACACAGUGGCAACAGAGCCCACCGGUGUACUGGAGAGCUCGCGGGGAGAGACCACAGAGGUGACAAACGUGACACCUGUGAUAUCCUCGCCAGAGUCUAGCAGCGAGAGCUCGACAGGAGCUGAGACCACUGAGGUGACACCUGUGACACCUGUGACAUCCUCGCCAGAGUAUAGCGAGAGCUCGAUACCAACUGUCUCAGAGAGUCUGCCCGUCGAUAACACCACAACGGAAGACACAGAAGCCUCCUCACAAGCGGAGUCCACCGGGACAAGCGAAGGCGCGGAAGCAACUGAUGUGGAGACUGAAACCACCACUGAAGUGACAACGGCCUCUCCAGUGUCUGGCGAGCAAGUUGAAACAACACCCCCGACUGCGGGGCCACGUACUGGUGAAGACUAUGAGACUACAGAGCUCGGUUUGGAAACAACGUCGGACGGUACAAGAGAAACAGGAGAAGCUUUAACUAGUCAGAGUAUGGUGAGUGGAACCACCACUGAUGCACUGACAACAGCCGAGUCAGCGUACACGAGUGAAGGUUCGUGGAGUCAAAGCACGGCCACGGAGAUAGAAAGUGAAAGCGAGACUGGAGCGGUCACAACUGAGCUGGAGACACAAACCAAGGCCUCGGAAGCAACUGAGACGCAAGGCGCAGAGAUGACAGAAGGGCUCACCGAUUUGACAACCGCGCUGGAGACACAAUCUAGCUCACUGGAAGGAGCUUCGGAGAUUGGGGAUGGCGAAUCGACCAAUGGUGGAGACAUCACAAUGACGAGCUGGGGUGCAAUCCUGGAGUAUGAGACUGCAUCCAGUGAACCUUUGCCAAGUGAGAGUAAGGAGACAGUUGAGCUACUGGGGAGCUCAAACUCUCUACUGGAGAGUGGUGAAAGCACGGUGACUGGGGUGGAGCUGUACGGGGAGAGUGCAGAGACUGCUGAUGCCACAGCAGACACUGGGGUAGUGGGACCUGUAUUGACUGGUGAAAGUGAAACUGAAACUGCUGAAGCUGGUGCUAGGGAAACUGAAACUGGAGCUACUGAAACAAGACCGAGCGGGGAGACUCCUCCUGAGACUUCCCAAACUGAUGAAGCGGAACCCACUGAAGAGUCCACUGAAGAGUCCACUGAACCUGAAGCUAGUGAGACUUCUUUUAUUGAUGAAACUCAAACCAGUGAACCUGAAGCCAGUGAAACUCCGGCUACUCAAGCUGGAGUUACUGAGACUUCCCAAACUGAUGAAGCUGAGACUGAAGCUGCUGAAACUGAGACUCAAGCCAGUGAACCGGAAUCCACUGAAACUUCCCAACCUGGGUCCAGUGAGACUUCCCAAACUGAGUCUAGUGAGACUCCAGCCACUCAAGCUAGUGAGGCUUCUCAAACUGGAGCUGAGGAAACUGAAACUGAACAAACUGAAACUGAAGCUGGUGCUGAGGAAACUGAACCCACUGAAACAAGCGGGGAGACUGAGUCUAGUGAGACUUCUCAAGCUGAAGCUACUGAAACUAUUGGUGAAGCUGUAGCUACUGAAAUUACAGAUGAAGCUAAGGCUAGUGAAGCUGAAGCUGUACCAACUGACGUUAAGGCUACUGAAACUGAAACUGAAACUGGACCCACGGACUCAACCGAGACUUCCCCAACUGAAUCUACUGAAGCUGAAUCCACUGAAGCCGGAGCUAGUGAACCCACCGAUGAAGCUACUGAAACUGAAACUACAGAUGAAGCUGUGGCUAGUGCAACUGAAGCCGAGUCCACUGCAACUGAGGCUCCUGAAACAUCACUUCCUUACGAAACUGAAGCUACUCAAACUGAAGCCAGUGAAACUAAAGUUACUGAAGCUGAAGCUACUGAAGCUGAACCUGAGACUUCUCAAACUUCCCAAACUGAGUCGACUGAAGCUGAAUCUACUGAGUCUGAAUCCACUGAGUCUGCUCAAGCUGAAACUCAAGGUACUGAAACACAAGCUACUCUUGAAACUCAAGCUACUGAGUUUACUGAGACUGAGUCUACUGGAGCUACUGAGACUCAAGCUGGAGCUGGAGCUACUGAAGAAACUCAAGUCACUGAAGCGUCUGCUGAAGAAACUCAAGUUACCGAGACUUCUCAAAUUGAGUCAACUGAAACUCAAGCUGCUGAAACUGAUGAAACUGAGACUCAAGCCGAGUCUACUGAAACUGAGUCAAUUGAAACUGAGUCAAUUGAAACUCAAGGUCCAGCUGCCGAAGCUGAGUCUAUGGAGACUUCUCAAACUGAAACUACUGAAGUUAGCGAAACUACUGAAGUUAGCGAAACUACUGAAGUUAGUGAAACUACUGAGACCGAAACUCAAGCUAGUGAACAUAGUGAACCUCAAUCCACCGAGACUUCUCAAACUGAUGAAGCUGAGUCUAUAGAGACUGAAUCUAUUGAGACUGAAGCUAGUGGAGCUGGAGCUGCUGUUGAAACUCAAGCUGGAGCUACUGAGUCUACUGAUGAAACUACCGAAACUGAACCCACUGAAACUUCUCAAGCUCAAGCUGUUGAAACUGAAGAAGCUGAAACUGAAACUGAAGCUGCCGAGACUUCUCAGGCUGGGUCUAGUGCGACCGAACCCACUGAAAUUGGAGCUACUGAACUCGCUGAAAGUGAGCCUGCCGAGACUUCUCCUAUAGAUGAAACUCGAGUUAGUGAAACUCAAACUACUGAAACAUCGGUUUCGUCAGAAACUGAUGAAGCUGAAACUCAAGCCAGUCAAGCUAGUGAGACUGAAGAAAGUGAGACUGAAGAACCUGAAACUAGUGAGGCUGAAACUCAAGCCGGUGAAGCUGAAGCUACUGAUGAAACUCAAACUAUAGAACCUGGAUCCACUGAGACUUCUCAAACUGAGUCUAGUGAGACUUCUAUUGAUGAAACUGAAACUCUAGCUGGAGCUGCUGUGGAAACUCGAGUUAGUCAAACUCAAACUACUGACGAAGCUGAACCCACUGAACCUGAAUCUACCGAGACUCCUCCAACUGACGAAGCUGGAGCUACUGAAACAGGAGCCACUCAAGCUAGUGAGGCUGGAGCUAUUGAUGAAACCCAAGCUACUGAAGCCCAAGCCGAGACCACUGAAGCCGGAGCUGUUGGACUUGAAGAAACCGAAACUCAAGCUGGUGAGGCUAGUGAAACUCAAGCUGUGGAAACUGAAACUCAGGCUGUGGAAACUGAAUCCCAAGCUACUCUUGAAACUCAAGUUCGUGAAGCUAGUGAGACUGGAGCUGCUGUUGAAACUCAAGUUAGAGACCCUGAAUCCAUCGAAUCUACUGAAGCUAGUGAAGCUACUGAAGCUAGUGAAGCUACUGAAACUCAAGUUAGUGAAGCUGAGGCUACUGAAAUUGAAACUCAAGCUACCGAGACUGGAGAAACUGAGUCUUCUCAAACUGAUGAACCCACUGAGACUACCGGGUCUACUGAAACUGAUGAAGCUGAAGCCAGUGAAACCCAAGUCAGUGAACCUGGAUCCACUGAAGAGUCGACUGAGACUCAAGCUACCGAAACCGAAGUCUCGUCAGAGACUGAGGUUUCAAGCUCUGAUGAAACUCAAGCUGUUGAAACUCAAGCUGUUGAAACUCAAGCCACUCAAGCUGGAGCUACUGAAGAAACUCAAGUUACUGAAGAGUCUACCGAUGAGUCCACUGAAACUCAGGCCACUGAAACUCAGGCCACUGAGACAGAGUCUAGUGAAACUGAAGAAACUGAGACCCAAGCUACUGAAACUCAAGCUGAUGAAACUGAACCCCUAGCUGCUGAAACUCAAGCUGAUGAAACUUCUUCCAUUGAUGAAGCUCAAGCUAGUGAAACUGAUGAAGCUGGAGCUGUUGAAACUGAAACUGAAACCGGAGCUUACGAAACUAGUGAAACUGAAUCUAGUGAAGCUGAAACUCAAGCUGUUGAAACUCAGGCUACUCAAACUACUGAGUCUACUGAAGCUACUGAAACUCAAGCUGGACCCACCGAUGAGUCUACUGAUGACGAAACUGAAACUCAAACUACUGAAACUGAUUCCGCCGAAGCUAGUGUAACUGAUGAAACUGAAGCUACUGAAACGCAAGCUACUGAAACUGAUUCCACCGAAGCUAGUGUAACUGAUGAAACUGAAGCUACUGAAACGCAAGCUAGUGAACCUGAAUCUCAAGCUGCUGAAACUGGAACUGAAGCCAGUGAAGCUAGCGAGACUUCUCAAACCCAAGCUGGUGAAACCCAAGUUGGUGAAACUGAAACUACUGAAACCCAAGCUGGUGAAACUCAAGCUACUGAGUCAACUGAAACCCAAGCUGGUGAACCUCAAGCUAGUGAAAGUGAUGAAACUGAGACUCAAGCUGGAGCUUCUGAAACUACUCUUGAAACUCAAGUUAGUGAAACCACCGAAACCUCAGUCUCUGACGAGACUGAGGUAACCCAAGCCAGUGAAGCUGAAGCUAGUGAAACCACCGAAACCUCAGUCUCUGGCGAGACUGAGGUAACCCAAGCCAGUGAAGCUGAGUCUCCUGAGACCACCGAAACCUCAGUCUCUGGCGAGACUGAGGUAACUCAAGCUGUUGAAACCGGAGCCACUGUUGAAACUAAUGAAGCCGAGACUCAAGCUAGUGAAGCCACUGCACCUGAGACUGAAGAAACUGAGUCUUCUCAAACUUCUCCUACUGAUGAACCCGAGUCUACUGAGGCUUCUUCUAUUGAUGAAACUCAAGCUACUGUUGAAACUCAAGCUACCCUAGUUGUUGAAACUCAAGCUACCCUAGUUGUUGAAACCUCAGUCUCUGGCGAAACUGAAGAAGGUGAAACUCAAGUUGGUGAAACUCAAGUUGGUGAAACUCAAGUUGGUGAAACUCAAGUUGGUGAAACUCAAGCCACUCAAACUCAAGCUGCUGAAACUCAAGCUAGUGAAACCUCAGUCUCUGGCGAGACUGAUGAAGCUAAGUCUACUGAUGAAGCUGAACCUCAAGUUAGUGAAACCUCAGUCUCUGGCGAGACUUCGGUUUCCGAGACUGAUGAACCUCAAGCUGUUGAAACCUCAGUCUCUGGCGAGACUGAUGAAGCUAAGUCUACUGAUGAAGCUGAACCUCAAGUUAGUGAAACCUCAGUCUCUGGCGAGACUUCGGUUUCCGAGACUGAUGAACCUCAAGCUGUUGAAACCUCAGUCUCUGACGAGACUUCGGCCUUCCUCAUCCACGCCCAGCUCAACUCCACCCUCAUCCAAUUUUCCCUGAACGCCACCCACGUCACCGCGGGCACCGGCGUCCCCGGCCGCUUCACCAUAACCUCCACCUACCUCACCACCAACAACCUGUACGUCGCGGUCGGCCCCGGCGGCAUCAUGUUGUUAGGGGAUGAGGCAAGCGCCUCCCCCGGGUGGGCGUUGCUCGACAACACGCUCAGCUUGCAGCAGCUCCAGCGGCGGGACGAGCCCGAGGGGCAGUUCUUUCUCUGCCCCGCGGAGGAGGGCUACGUGGUGCAUGUGGAGACACCGGGGGGAGGGUGUGUGGAAGUGGAGCCGUGGGUGGAGCCCGUCGACCCUGUCGACAGGGUCGACACAGCUGUGACAACAGCUGUGGAGACAGCGACAGAGAGUGAAGAAGCUAAGGAGACAGCGACAGAGAGUGAAGAGUCUACUGAAGCUAGUGAAACUGAAGCUUCUCAACCCGAAACUGAGAGUGUGGAGACAGAGAGUGGAACAGAGAGUGAAGCUGAAGCUGAAGAGACAGAGAGUGAGACAGAGACAGAGACUGAAACAGAAGCUGUGGAGACAGAAGUUGUAGACACAGAGAGUGUUGAAGGUAGUGAAACUGAACCUUCUGGAACUGAGACUAUUGAAACUGAAACUGAAACUGAAGCUUCUGAAACUGAGGGUGUGGAGACAACUGUGGAAGCUGAAGCUAUGGAAAAAGAGAGUGAAACGGAGAGUGGUGGAGCUGUUGAAACUGAAACCAAGACUGAAGCUGAGAGUGGUGAAGCUAAGGAAACUGAAGCUAAGGAAACUGAAGCUAAGGAAACUGAAGCUAAGGAAACUGAAGCUAAGGAAACUGAAACAGGGAGUGGAGAAGCUGAAGCUUCUCCAACUGAAGGUAGUGAAACUGAAACCGAAGCUAGUGAAACCAAGACCGAGGAGACAGAGUUUGCCGAAGCUAGUGAGGAGUCUACUGAAGCUGGUGAAGCAAAGACUGAAGAGACUACUGAAGCUGAAACAGAUGAAACCAAGACUGAAACUGAGAGUGAGACAGAGAGUGGAGAAGCUUCAGCUUCUCCAAGUGAAACAGAAGCUGAAACAGAAAGUUAUGAAGCUUUUGAAGCAAAAUCUAAUGAAACUGUUACAACUUCUGAAACUGAAACAAAGACUGAAACAGAAAGUUAUGAAGCUUUUGAAGCAAAAAGUUAUGAAACUGAAACAAAGAGUGAAACUUAUGAAACUCAUCAAACUGAUGAAACAGAAACUACUGAAACUGAAACAAAGAGUGAAACAAAGACUUGUGAAACUUAUCAAACUUCUGAAACUUCUGAAACAGAAACUACUGAAACUGCUGAAACAGAAUCUAGUGAAACCAAAGUGGGAGAAGUUGUUCCAACAAAGACUUAUGAAGGUUUUGGUACCAAAUCUUAUGAAACUGUUUCAACUUAUGAAACAAAAACUUCUGAAACUUUUGAAGCAAAAACUGAUGAAACUACUGAAACUUAUCAAACUUAUGAAACAAAGAGUGGUGAAACAGAUGAAACAGAGACUGAAGAGACAGAUGAAACAGAGACUUGUGAAACUGUUACAACUUAUGAAACAGAUGAAACUAAGAAUGAAGAGACAGAUGAAACAAAGACUAGAGAAGUUGUUCCAACAAACACUUGUGAAACUUUUGAAGCCAAAUCUAGUGAAACUGAUGAAACUACUGAUGAUACUGAAACUGUUCCAACUGAAACAAACAAGUAUACACUCUCCACGAGCUACGUCCUGGCAACACCCCCGACACCCCGCCCGCUCCUGGCCGGCGCCGCGCGGCCCCGCCCCUUCAUAUAG